GGUCACGUGACCACUUCGCCAUUUUGGUUUGGGUCAGUCAGGGCCACGAGGGUUUACACCGAAACCUCCGAUAAACAUUUGCACUUUGUUUACCUUGACCACACAUCAAAAUGCCCUCGAGUAACCCCUUGCCACCAAAAGAAAACGCCCUUUUUAAGCGAAUUUUGAAAUGUUACGAGCACAAGCAGUACAAAAAUGGGUUAAAGUUUGCCAAGCAGAUCCUCUCCAACCCGAAGUACAUGGAGCAUGGGGAAACGCUGGCUAUGAAAGGUUUAACUCUGAAUUGCCUGGGUCGCAAGGAAGAGGCCUAUGAGUAUGUGAAGCGAGGUCUUCGCAAUGAUCUGCGCUCCCAUGUUUGCUGGCAUGUGUAUGGACUUCUUCAGCGCUCUGACAAGAAGUAUGAUGAAGGAAUCAAAUGUUAUCGGAAUGCUCUGAAGUGGGAGAAGGAUAAUAUUCAGAUCCUUAGAGACUUGUCACUUCUUCAAAUUCAUUUGCGAGACCUUGAGGGCUACAGAGACACAAGAUAUCAACUUUUCCGCUUGCGACCUACUCAAAGAGCAUCAUGGAUUGGUUUUGCCAUGUCUUACCAUCUUAUUGGUGAUUAUGAGGGGGCUUUGAAGAUUCUUGAGGACUUCCGUAAAACUCAGGCAGAUAUUCCUAGCUCCUAUGACUAUGAACACUCAGAGGUGUUGCUGUACCAGAACAUGGUGAUUCAGGAGUCUGGGGCUUUGAAGGAGGCUGUAGCUCAUUUGGAAAAGUAUCAAGAGCAGAUUCUUGACAAGCUCAGCAUUCUUGAAACUUUGGGCACAUUGUAUCUUAAUUUGCAACGCUUUGACCGCGCAGAGUCUGUUUAUUCUGAGUUAAUUAAGCGCAAUCCUGAGAAUACAUUGUAUUACAUCAAGUUUCUUGAAGUCAAGCAAUCCUCUGAUGAAGAUGAAUGUGUAGAUACUUUUGAAUACUUCCAAAAACAGUUUCCCAGAGCUCAUGCUCCUAAACGGCUAGCUCUUAACUAUGCAACUGGUGACAGGUUCAGGAAACUAGUGGAUGCAUAUUUGAGAAAAGGAUUGCAUAAAGGAGUUCCUCCUCUCUUUGUUGAUUUGCGGUCUCUUUACAAAGUUCAAUCCAAGGCUGAUACAAUUCAAGACCUGGUUCUAUCCUAUGUUGAGCAAUUGAAAAAGUCUGGUCAUUUUUCACAAGCGGAUGCUGAUGCUGGAGAAAGCAAGGAGCCUGCAUGUGCACUCCUUUGGACAUACUAUUUCUUGGCUCAACAUUAUGACUUCCUGGAAAACCCAGAAAAAGCCAUCUUCUACAUUGAUGCUGCUAUUGAUCACACACCUACCCUUAUUGAAUUGUUUGUGUGCAAAGGCAGAAUAUUCAAGCAUGCUGGAGAUGCCAUUGAGGCUUUUAAAUACCUUGAUGAAGCUCAAGGCCUGGACACAGCUGACCGAUACAUCAACUCUAAAUGUGCGAAGUACAUGCUCCGCGCCAAUCUCAUUGAUGAGGCAGAAGAGACGUGUGAAAAGUUCACCCGGGAGGGAGUAACUGCCAUGGAGAACCUCAAUGAGAUGCAGUGUAUGUGGUUCCAAACUGAAUGUGCACUAGCAUACCAAAGACUGCAUAGGUGGGGUGAUGCUCUGAAGAAGUGCCAUGAAAUUGAUCGGCAUUUUUCUGAAAUCAUUGAUGACCAGUUUGAUUUCCACACUUAUUGUAUGAGGAAGAUGACACUUCGCUCUUACAUAGGAUUACUUCGCCUAGAAGAUGUUUUACGCGCUCAUCCCUUCUAUUUCAAAGCUGCUCGCUGUGCUAUUGAAGUAUAUCUUCAUCUCUUUGAAAACCCCCUGAAGGAUUUAACUGCUGAGGAGGAGUUAAAUACAGAAAACCUGUCGCCGUCCGAGCUGAAGAAGCUCCGCAACAAGCAGCGCAAGGCGCGCCGGAAGGCCGAGCUGGAGCAGCAGGAGAAGGCCGAGAGGGCGGAGAAGCACCAGAACAAGCGGCCGCCCGGCGAGGAGCCCGACGCGCCGCAGCAGGACGAACUCAUCCCGGACAAGCUCGCCAGGGUGGAGGACCCUCUUGAGCAAGCGAUCAAGUUCCUGAAGCCGCUGCAGGACCUGGCCUCCAAGAACAUCGAGACCCAUCUCAUGGCGUUUGAGAUCUACUAUAGGAAAGGAAAACUGCUGCUCAUGCUUCAGUCCAUCAAGCGAGCAUUCAACCUGGAGCCCAACAACUGUGAACUGCACACUUGCUUGGUACGCUUCGUAGAACUUGUAUCAUCAAAGUUGGACACACUGGAAGCCCCUGUCGCGGAUGUCAUCAAGCAAGCAAUGGAGCCCAUUACCAGAGGUCGCAGUGCCAAGCAGAUGAACGAGGACUUCCUCAAGGAGAACAGCAAUAAUUUGGCUGCUCUUAUCCAAGGUGCACGUAUGAUGUAUGCCUUAGACCAAAGUAGACAGGAAGAAGCUAUCAAAUUAGCAACGACACUAGAGAAGGUGCAAGGGAUCAAUAUCAAGAAUUGUUCACGAGUUCUACAAGCACUACAAGCUGGUGAUUUUGGAUCAUGCUCCCAGCAUUUAGAAGAAUAUAAGAAAAGGUGUCACAAGAUUAUGAUAUAUGCCACACUUUUCCGACCCCCACCUCCACCCGUACUGACCGAAAUUGGCUCUAGUGAUAAUACCUCUUUGGAAAUACCAGUCCCAGAAAUUAGUAACUAAAACACCAACUCUGUCCACUCCCAAUGUGUCUCAAGUGAAAUGACUUCCAAGGACUCUACCUAUUUUGAUUUUUCAUGACACUUUGUCAUGCGUGUUUUUGAAUUUAGUUUGCUCAUAUGUAAGUGGGCUUAAUGUUUGAGCAGUGGUUGAUGUCUUCUAACUAUUUGUUUUUGAUGUUGUCUCUACCAGGGCUGUCUUCAAGAUAGCUCAGAACUUUGUUCUAAAGGAGAAGUCUGUUCAUGUGUGAUUUGAGCCUGCAUGUAGGCCAAUAAUAGAUCUAAGUCAACCCAAUAAAGUGUGAUAUCUGACAUGUCCAUUGCUCUCCAGCCAAAUAUCUUAGCACAGUUAUUAUGAUAAAGAACUGCAAGUCACAAACAUUGUUUCACUCUAUAUUUUAUCAUUCAUAUCGUUCUUUGUUACCUUCUAAAUGAAAUCUUAAAAAAUGACAAGAUGAUUUGAGGUUUUCUUUACUGCUCGUCUUUCUUCUCUCUUUGUAGAAGAAGUGGUUUGCUCAUUUGUAUACCCCUUGGUCGGUUGACAUGACUCAUAUCUUCAACUUUCUUGUUUGGUACAUUGAAGUUGAUUUGAGACUGAAUCUUUGUAAUGCAAUUGUAGAGGUGUUUCAAUAUUAGUGACUCUCCUGUCCGAUUCAUUAAUGCCUUCGUACCAUGACCAUAUUUGUACAUUGAAGACACUUAAUGUUCUCAAGUUUUUAAAUUUCUAAAUUUGUAUCAUCAUGGAUCUCAAUAAUUUCUGAUCAAAAGACUUUGGGUCUUCAAUUUUGUGCAUUUCCACAUAAUUCCUUCCCCACCAUCUUGUUUUCUCCUUUCUUUAGAAAGACAAAUGUUGUGUUUUCAUCCUUUUCAUGUCAUAAAAUGUGGCUGUACAUUUCUUUUAAUUAAUCAAUUUCAGUUGUUAUGACAUUUCAUUUCAUUUAAUCUUAGCUCCCACCGCAAUAUUUUCCUUCCAUCAUUGUGUGGUGGUUAACAGUUCCGUGUACACCUGCAAGCCUUUUUGACAUGUGCUAAGUAUGUUUGAAGUGCCUGCUGCUUAACAUAAUUGUUUGUAAAGUAAGAGUAAUUCAAAACAAGGGUCUUUUAUAUCCUCUCUUCCUAUUCUGGUCUUUUCAGAGGAUGUGCAGAGCUGUAAGUGGUUACUUGUACCAUAAAUAUGCAACUGUUCUUAAUCUAGGCUGUUCCUCUCUCACUCUGCUUAGGGUCUACAUUUCUUAUGGAGAUGUCGAGAGCACUUUGUUGUGCUGACUGGCCGAACGGGAAACAAGGUGCUAGUUUACUUGUUAAAAUUUUAUAGUAGCUCUGCGGAGUGAGAGAGGAGGGCUCAAUAUGUUUCAUUGUGUCGUUGAUCUGUGGUCAGUUAAUGUAAAGAUUAAUUAAAUAAAAAAAUUUAUAAAACUUG